AUCUUCGCUCCGCCCAGCCUCAGCACCAGCAUCCCUCAGUCGCACAAGCAUCACCGGGAACCAUGGCGGAGACGAGGCCUCGGUGAUCCGGACCCGGUUCUUCCUGCGGUCCGUUAUGUCUUUGCUGCUCGUCUCGUCAUGCCCGCCGCUGAUCGCCGUCCGCCGCCGCUGCUGCUCCUCCUGCCGUCGCUGCUCCUGGUCUGGUGCCCGGAUGGGGCGGUGAGAGCGGCGGAGGAGGGCGGCGGCCUGCCCGGGGACAAUGGCCUCAGAGCCGCGGUGGGAGAACCGUCCGGUACCGACGGCGGGGCGGUGAGGCGGCUGCUGGGCCCGUCGGCUCCGGUCGCAGAGGCCCAGUUCGCCUUGAAGGUUCUGGUCCGAGACCUGGUGACCCGCCAGCCGCUACCCGGCGCCACCGUGGACGUCUACCUGAACCACACCCUGAGGAGUUCUGCCCAGACCGGGCCCCGAGGGGAGGUUCUGCUGUGGGUGGUCUACAGUCCAAGCCUCAGUCUGACCCUGCUGGGCCACAUGGAGGGCUACGUCCCGAACCCACUGCCCUGGAGCACCGCCAAGAGGCCCAUUUUCUCGGCCGUGAUGCUGCUGCUGCUUCCUCACAGUCAGGGAAACAUCUGGCUGUUUGAAGACUCAGUUCUCAUCACCAGGAAGUUACCUGACAGCUCCUCCCAACCCAAAGUUAAGUUCCCCAAGAACCUCCUAACCAUCUCUGAUCAAAACAACGUCUCCACGGUGACGGCCUACCUGACGGUGCCACAGCGCCACCUGGCCAAGGACUGCGCUAACUGCACGCAGGGCAUCAUUAGCAACAAAUCAGCGUUCAGAAGCAUCGAGCUGAAGGCGGUGGCAGCCGUCAGCGUCCUGCUCUACUCUGGAGGCCAGGAGCUCCAGGUCCGAGGUCCGAUCCAGAUCAGCCUCCCGCUGGGACACAACACACACCUGAGGGCCUCGGACACCAUCCCCGCCUGGACCUUGAACCUGAAGACAGGUGCCUGGGAGAACCAGGGUCUGGGAAUAGUGAAAGCAGUCGGUGAUGAGCUGGUCUGGACUUACACUGCCUCACAUCUGGGCUCCUGGAUCGCUGCCCCGCUGCCCUCGUCUAGAGAUUAUCUCGGGCAUGCCGGCUCUCUGGAUUUCUUAUCGUACCACACCUACCUGCUGACGGGAAUUCUGGGAGGAACUCUGGUUACCGCGAUCGGAUUUCUUUCCUUGCUGUUGUGUCACUGCGGAAGUUCUCAUCGGGAGCCCAGGAGGAGGCGAGCGCGGUUUUCCAAACUCACGGUGGUGAAAAAAGACCAAACCACUUCCACCCACAUGGUGGAGGGUUUGUUGUUCCGAUCAGGCGACAACAGUCUGGCCUCGUGCAGCGUCCAGUGUGAACCUUCAUCCACGCCGAGGCACAAAGCCAACUACAACAUCUACGUGGAGGAUCCAGGGAGCCUCGCCACCGCCCCUCUUUACGAGAACAUCGCCUCGGAUCGGAUGAAGGGCUCCCAGCCGCCGCCUCACUACAUCAACAGCGAAGAGGUGGCUCGGCUCAGGGAGAAGUCGGAGCAGAACCAGGCCAACAUGAACACCGACAGCUUCUUCCAAGACAAGCUGGUUCACAUCUACAACCAGCCGGUGGCCAUUAUUCAGGCUCCGGAGCUUUUCGGCGCUCAGGAACAGCUCAAGUCGGCCACGUUCCCCCGCAACGGGGUGGAGUACGACGCCCACUCAGAGCCUGCCAGCAAAGACAGCUACACCCAGACUCUACCCAAAGGCCCCCACCACCACUCCCAGGGUGGCAGCAGCCCCCAGCAGGGCAGCCAGGACGACCCCCAGCCUCUGGAGACGCCUCCCCAGGGUCAGGGCCCCAACGCCGGGGUGUGGGGACGCUACAGCAACCUGCUGGAAUCCUCCGUCUCCGUGCCCGGGACUCUGAACGAAGCGGCUGGUAUGGAGGCCUUCAACGGAGGCCACGGCGUGCCCAGCGAGCUGCAGGGGAUUUCAGAGCGCACCCUGCUGGAGCUGACUCGUGGCAAGUCUCACCCCAGGGCCUGGUUCGUCUCUUUAGAUGGGAAGCCGGCCGCCCAGGUUCGACACUCCAUCAUCGAGCUGCAGAGCCGCCACCGGCCGCCGAGCAGCAACGACACCAGCCUGGACUCGGGGGUGGACAUGAAUGAGCCUCAGCAGAACAUCCGCGAGACGGAGCGGCCUUCCAUCAGGGCGUCUUCGCUGCAGCACCACAGCCGAGGACGGUACGAAGAGCAGGACCUGAGCAGCAGCGAGAGCGGCACCACGGCCACCUGUACGCCGGAGGACCCCUCCCUGAGGAACAUUUUAGACGGGAGCAGCGGCGCUAUUCCCAACAUUCCCGAAGAGCGGGAUGGGAUGGAUACGUCCAGCGCUCAGGAGGACAGCGAGUCCAGGGGGACGCCGCCUCCACGGCGCCUGAGGAAGGUGAGGGAAAAGGGGAAGACGGAAAAGAGGAGCGCCAAGCAUGUCCGUGAGGGCCGGCCUCUGACCAAGAGGAGUUAGAGCAAACAGAUGAGUGGUUUAUUAUCAGUGCUUAAUUUAAACAUCUCAUUAAGUGUUUAUUCAGUGAUCCCAAUACAGCGACUCCAUCUCAAAGCAUCACAUUUUUAGAUUGACUUCUGGUCAGUCAUCAUAAAUUUGCCUGAAAUUGUAAAAGCAUGAAAUAUAGAUAUUAAUAGAGAUAUUGGAGAAAUUGUAGGGCUGGCCCGAAUAAUAAUUUCUGGGCUCCGGAUAUUCGGCCCCAAUUAGUGACGAACAUUCGGAUAUUCGUAUCAUCCAGCGGGGGGGCGGGAAGCUAGUAAUAUACGAGCCGACCCGAAUACUCGUAUUGUCCGACGAGGGGGGGGGGGGUUGUAAUGACACAAUGUUAUUCAUUUAUCUAUAUUACUCGUAUACUAACACAGUCAACACCAUUUAUUAACAGUACAGUUUCUUCAAAUUGUGUGGCAAGAAAAUCAGCAUGUUUACAUCGUCAGGUAACAGUGAACUUCUUGUUUCAUUGACAAUGUACCCAGCCUUUGAAAAUAUGUGCUCCGCCGGGGUCGAAGUAGCUGGAACGCAGAGGCAGUAUUUGGCGGCCAACGCGGAGUUCCCACUCAUGAGUUAUGAAGUGACAGCCAUGUACGCCUCCAUGCUCACUGAUGUCCAAAUGUCUCUGGUAAAACUCACGCAAGUGGAGCUCUCAAGAAGAGAUGCGACAUAGUCCCGGAGAUUGCUGUGCUUCAGAGAGAGCGCCUGUGAAAUCCUGGUGCGUUUGGGGACAGUGUGCUCAGGUACCAGCGUUUUAAUUAAAUUUUUGAACCCAUCACCUUCUACCACACUAAUGGGUCUCAUGUCUAUUAGGCUCAGCAACCGGUCAUUUUCCUACAUUGCUUUAAAUAUUCGGCCAGUUUAUAUAUUAAAACCCAGCAACUACUUCCAGCAUUCAGAUGGCUUUUCAUGCUUGUUGUACCCCCAUGGUAUGCCAAUUUCAAAUGGAAAAUUUUGCACACUGCCUUGGUCUUGUCUUGAUUUAAAGUGAAGAAUUCCCCAACAGCAGAGGUCUUCAGCAUUUUGUCUUCUUUUUAAGCAAUGAAGUAAAGCGUGACGUCAGAGUCGGCAGGUCCGCGGCCAGCCACCUGGCCAGUCGGGGGCUUGGCAAGAAACACAGGAAGGGAUGAGCCAAGACGGGCCAAAGGCGAAGGGAUGAGACGAGCUUCGAAUAUUCGUAUCGUCUGACAGGGGGUGGGGGGCGAAUAUUCGGAUCUCAAAAUGAAUAUUCAGAUACCACCGUAACCAACGAAUAUAAGGAUAUUUGGGUCCAGCCCUAAAAAAUUGUAGCUUGACAUAUUAAAUCAUUUCUGUGAAAUAAUUUCUUAAGAAGUUGCCCGUCCAAUUAUGCAGAUUCUAAAUGACAUGAUGAGAAAUAAGAGUGAAGAUAUCAGGUUUUUAUCUUGAAUAAUUCCUGAGAUAUUGUCAUUAAAACAGCCUCAAACUUUAACGUGAGAAAAAACCUGUAUCAGAAACUGCUCGGUACAGGGUUGGGGGGGUUAGGGGUUAAACUUUCACAGAUACCUUUAGAAAUAUCUCUAAUUCAUGAUUUAAAACAAAGCAAAUCAAAGAUUGUUGAGCAGAUGGCCCCUGAUGAUUUGAGAUGGAAUUACCCAGUUAGUUUUAACUACUUGUGUUCACACAGGCAUUGUUGUUGUUGAGUUAUGUGAUUGUACAACUUUGCCAAAGAAUGCAUAAGCUAAUUCAAGAAACAAAGCAGGAUCUGUGUCGUGUUGAAGCAUCAUGUAGCUGUUAGACACCAUAUGUUCACUCAUUCUCCUGAAUCUGAAGAUCACCAGCGAGAUUCUUCACAGCAAAUGUCCGUGUGAACACGAUGUCCCUAAUACUGGCGUUAUAGAGGGUGCCUUCUCACUAGAGCCCGACCGAUACUGGAUGUUUGGCACCGAUAGCAAUUUGAAAGUGUACUAAAUUCUGAGAUACUGGCUGAUGUUGUUUAUAUAUCGUAGAGUUGCGUUGUAGUGUUAGGAAACAUGAUGGGGUUAUUGAUUAUGUAACUGGUGGAAGUUAAUCAACUAGUUGGCGACUUACAAUAAGGACACCACUCGGCUCCGCACCACCAAAUGCUCGGCUACAUGUGCUGCCGACAGUCUGGAGGCCAUUUUAAACAGAGCUGCUCUCCAAAAAUCUGUGAUGAUUUCAAAACUACCCCAAGCAUCUUUAUCUGUAUUAUGUCCCAUAAAAGAAAGUUUCCUAUCGGACAACAGAUACUGAUAUCUCUGUGGCAGGCCGAUAUCGCCACCGUAGAUCGGUCGGGCUCUACGUCUUACUGCCUGUAUUCAUGAAAUGUGACUACAUAAAGGCACAGUAUUUGUCUACAAUUAGUAAAAUCUGGUGAGUUUGCAGGACGGACACAGAUACAGGUACUAUGUGUAGUGCACUUAUCCUCACCACAAAUGCCUGCUGGAAAUUAAAUAAGACAAAGAAGCUUUCCCAGUUUGCAGUGUUCGCAUCUUGUUGUGACCACAUGGUCUUGUUUCACUUUAAAAAAAGAGGCUCUGGGAUUUGUUGACAACUAAUCUGAAUGUGAGUUAAACAAUUUAGCGUCAACUUUCCAACUCCAACCUGGACUUUCAUGGACUUGAUGUACAUUGUGAAGCUAAGCUGCCAUUUUGAAGUACACACCUGAUAUUCAAGGUUUUAAGCCUACAGUGGUUUUUGAAUGCAUGAAAAUGAAUGUUUCUUUGUGUGUAUGAACACAUAGAGCUGACAUUGUCAUAGCUGUUAGAUUAAAUGUGACUGAGUUUUUCCAUUUUACUGUCUCGUCUUGAGGAGACUCAGUGUUGUCCACUAAACUGCGAGUAAAUACAGUUUUAAGCCACAAGACCCGACACUAAAACACGAGACGAUGUGUUUGAUGCGAUUCAAGACAACAAUGUUUAAUUUAAGAAGUUUGAAUCCUUUUGUUUACCGCGUCAUGCAUUUUUACUGUUUUCUUUUUUUAAAUACGUGGGGAUCUUGUCAUGGAACACCACAUGGUUGGUGCCUUGGAGAUCUGAUUUUAGCUAAAUGCUCUUGAUAUCGAUUAUAGCAGAAGUACAGCAUGAUCACAGGAUUACUGUUUUUUACUGAGAUAAAACAAAGAAUAUGGUUUUAAACUGUUUUUUCAAUUCAGAGGAAGGGAUUUGGUCAUAUAGUCCACAGAAUAGUUAUAUUUAGCUCUUUGUACUGGUUGGUGAGAUGUUUGGUUCGCUAGUCCAGAUAGAAAUAUAUAUUUAGUGAUUUUGCACAGACACUUGUGUAUCCUAAUGACACUGACCACUUCCUCUAAGAUCUGGGUAUCGUUGGAUCAACUAGAAUUCAUUUGUAAUUCAUAAAUGAAAACAGUUAAGAAUAUAUCUCGAUAUUUGGCAGUUCCCUUUUUUGGUUUGGAAACCAUAAUCAAAAUCAUUUGGUAUUUGUAUUUUUUUGUUUCCAAACAAAAAGUGAGACAACUCAACUAAAAAAAAAAAUAGUUUUUUUGCAAAUUAAUUUUUCAUUUAUUUGGGAAGAAUGGCAGAAUGAUUGGAACUCCAUCUGUCCAUGUCACUAUCUUUGUUACCUUAACGUAGAUCCUCUUCUUCCAUAAUGGUCCAGUUUUAUAGACUAGCCAUUCUAUAAUUUGGAAGCAUUUACACGUCCAGUUCCUGUCUGCCCACCGUUGAACAUCUGUUCCAAAAGUAAAAUGAAGAAAGGAAUUAUUCACCCUUUGAUGCACAACAUGAGUCAAAAGUGGCCCGAAUCCAAUGGAAAAUGGGAAUCUCCUGAUCCACUCUGCGCACCAAAGAGUUAAAACCCAAAAACUGGAGCAAUUUUUAAGUCUACUUUUCUCAUUCAGUGUCUGGAAACAAAGCUUCUGUUUCUGCUUUCCCAAUUGAAAAAAAAAAGAAAAAAGAAAGAGAAAGGAUUCUGACAUCUGAAACGACUUUUCCACUUAUGGUGUCGAAACAUAUCAAAUAUAUGUUUUUAGUUUUGUUUUUUUAAAUUGCAAAUUAAAUUAGGAAUAUCCAAUGAUACUCAGACCAUUUAUUGCCACCAUGAGGUUUGUGGUUUUGAGUUAAUUUCUCAGUGAUUGUUAGACGGAUUGCAACGUACAUUCCCGUUCCUCUCAGGAUAAGCUGUAAUAACUUUGUUGAUCCCUUAACUUUUCAUCUGGCAAUGUCAUUAAGUCAAAGUCUGAACUGGCUGACUAAAUACCUGCAGAACUAAUGACAUUCCCGUCAGCCUCAGCCAUAAAAUUUGCAUAUGUUAGCAUGCUAACAUGCUGGAAUAAGAUUGUGGAACACAGCAAACAUACACGCGCUUAGCAUGUUAGAUCUGUCAUUGUAAGCAUAUUAGCAUGGUGACAUUAGCCUUUAGCUCAAAGCACAGCGGUGUCUGUGUACAGCCUUACGGAGCUGCUAGCAUAGCUGUAAAUGCUUCAACAUCAAACAAAUGUUUAUACAAGAAGUAUUUUACUUAGUAAAAUGUCAAACAAUAAGGUGACAUGUACGUCUGCCUUUCAUAUCAGUCCUUUCCUAACGUACACGGCAGCUUUGUUCCAAGUUAAAUAAAGCACAUUACACAUUAGACAGAAUACAACCCCUGUGCAAAAUCACAUGAAUGUCAAAUGAUUCUAAAUUCCUUCACCUCUCAAUAACAGCUUUAUUUAUGACUUGAACAGUAGCGGAUUUCAACUCAUGCAGCCCCUAAUUAUCCCACUUCCAUCACUUUUCUUCACUGUCAGGAGUCAGGACCAUACAUUCACUGUGGUAGUCCUGAUCAGGUUCACACCAAACAUGACAGACUCCAUCUAAGUCCAACAAACUUAUCUUGGUCUCAUCUUGACUGUAGAAUGUGCUCCCAAACUUCUUUUAAUGUUCUUUAGCAAAAAACAACCUUGUAGUUUAGUAUCAAAGAGCAACAAGGGUUUGUUUCUUGUCCUCCAUCCAAAGAGGUUGAUGUUAUAAAGUGUCCUUCACUGUCUGAGCUUCACAGAAACUCUGGUUUCGUUUCCACCGAUAACCUUCCAAUUUCACAAUUUUAAAUCAUUUGACAUUUCAGUGACUUUGUGCAGGGCUGUCCUCAUUUCGACUGCAGACCGUACGCAUACUUUGCAAUUACGUUGUCACACAACAUUCACAGGAAUUUUCAGUGGGGAAAAACUACAAAAACAAUGAUACAAUACUGCAAACUUAUGAACCAUGAUAAAAUGUCACCUCAGAAAGCAGUUAAACUAGCAAUAUUUCCAAUGAAUUAAAAUUGAAAAUGAUUUUGCCAUAUUUAGUCUUCCAUAGCGCUCCUGCUGUUACAUCUUGUCUGAUUCUGUACAUCCAUACGUGUUCUUUUGUAUGUAUAUAGUACAGCAGCAUUUUAUGUUCUGUGACAGUGAUUUAAUUCAUUCGUGCUGUUUUUCUUCCAUUUUAAAGGUCUGAGAGGUGCAUCAGUGUGUUCCACUGAGCGGCUGAGUGAUCAGGUUUAGUCAUAUGAGAUGUGCUGUUGAUGUGGUUCUUUUAAGGUUAGCCUAAAGACAAAGUGUCUUUCACUGGGAGUGUACAAAAAGUCUGAGCUUUGUAUUUUAAAUAUAGCGACAAACUGAGCACUUAAUCCUUCAGUAUGCUAACAAAUGGAAAUCCUCUCCUCUGCUAGCCACCGACUUCAAAACACAAUAUAUCCCAGCUUCAACAGCGACAUGAGGAGUAGUCUGUGAACACUUUGUGCUGGUAAAUCCUGACGAGCUAAACGACCCCACUGCCACUCCUGUUUCCAAGUGAUCUUGCUGAAUGUAUCUGUCCUGAUUUCACUGUGUACUCCAGUGUGCUCCUGGUGUGUCUUAGCCAUCCAACCUCAUGGGCUUUUGUUCCUUCCAAAUGGACACCACUUGUGUUUACCUCUGUAAUGAUAGUAGUGUUAUUAGUCUUGCCUUUUUGUGCACUAAAUUAAUAAACUUACUUGAUACCAA